GCUCGCUCCUCUUCUCCCUCACUCCAACGCCGCCGCCACAACCCUCUGCUCCGCUCCAUCAGCUGCCUCCGACGAUCCUCAUCUCCUGACUGUUGAUUAGUUCCCCUCUGCAAUGGCGUCCUCCAUCUCUGUUCCAGCUCCACCGGCUGCUCCGGCCACUGCGGCGCCGUCGCAGGCGAGGCCCAAGAAGCCGUCCCAGCUCAACCUGACCACCGGCAAGACCAAGACCCCGGUCCCCGCGCGCCCAAUGCGCGCCGUGCCCGAGUGGAACCCGCUCCAGCGUCUCGCCGCGGCGGCGCUCGACGCGGUGGAGGAGGGGCUCGUGGCGGGCUUCCUGGAGCGCGCGCACCCGCUCCCUCGCACCGCCGACCCGGCCGUCCAGAUCGCCGGCAACUACGCGCCCGUCGGGGAGCGCCCGCCCACCGGCGACCUCCCGGUGUCCGGCCGCGUCCCGGCGUGCCUCGACGGCGUGUACGUCCGCAACGGCGCGAACCCGCUCCACGCGCCGCGCGCGGGGCACCACCUCUUCGACGGCGACGGCAUGCUCCACGCCGUGCGGCUCCGCGCCGGGCGCGCCGAGUCGUACGCGUGCCGCUUCACCGAGACGGCGCGCCUCAGGCAGGAGCGCGCCAUCGGGAGGCCCGUCUUCCCCAAGGCCAUCGGCGAGCUCCACGGCCACUCGGGCGUGGCGCGCCUCCUCCUGUUCGGUGCGCGCUCCCUCUGCGGCCUGCUCGACGCGUCGCGGGGGGUCGGGGUCGCCAACGCCGGCCUGGUGUACCAUGACAACCGCCUCCUCGCCAUGUCCGAGGACGACCUCCCCUACCACGUGCGCGUCACCGCCGACGGCGACCUCGAGACCGUGGGCCGCUACGACUUCGGCGGCCAGCUCGACACCGCCAUGAUCGCGCACCCGAAGCUGGACCCGGCCACCGGCGAGCUCUUCUCGCUCAGCUACAAUGUCGUCACCAAGCCGUUCCUCAAGUACUUCUACUUCACCGCCGACGGCCGCAAGUCCCCCGACGUGGAGAUCCCCGUCGACGCGCCCACCAUGAUGCACGACUUCGCCGUCACCGAGAACCACGCCAUCAUCCCGGACCAGCAGAUCGUCUUCAAGCUCCAGGAGAUGCUGCUCGGCGGCUCCCCCGUGGUGUACGACAAGAACAAGACCGCGCGGUUCGGAGUGCUGCCGAAGCGCGCCACCGACGCGUCGCGGCUGCAGUGGGUGGAGGUCCCCGACUGCUUCUGCUUCCACCUCUGGAACGCGUGGGAGGACGACGCCACGGGCGAUAUCGUGGUGAUCGGGUCCUGCAUGACCCCGGCCGACGCCGUGUUCAACGAGUCCGCCGCCGGCGAGGAGUCCUUCCGCAGCGUGCUGUCGGAGAUCCGGCUGGACCCGCGGACCGGAACGUCGUCGCGGCGCGCGGUCCUGAGCGACGCCGACCAGGUGAACCUGGAGGCCGGCAUGGUGAACCGGCAGCUGCUGGGCAGGAAGACGCGGUACGCCUACCUCGCCAUCGCCGAGCCGUGGCCCAAGGUGUCGGGCUUCGCCAAGGUGGACCUGGAGGCCGGCACCGUCGAGAAGUUCAUCUACGGCGAGGGCCGGUACGGCGGCGAGCCCUGCUUCGUGCCGCGCCCGGACGCCCCCGCGGGCGCGGCGGAGGACGACGGGUACGUGCUGUGCUACGUGCACGACGAGGGCCGCGGCGCGUCGGAAAUGCUCGUCGUCAACGCCCGCGACAUGCGCGCCGAGGCCGCCGUGAAGCUGCCGGGCCGCGUGCCGUACGGGUUGCACGGCACCUUCAUCGUCGGCGAGGAGCUGCAGCGGCAGGCCUAGCUGCUGAGCUCAUGUGCUGCGCUGGCGCUACCUCGUCGAUCACGAACUCGAUAACCUCACCACGUACAUACAAAACAGGGACUACAGUAGCUAGCUGACAGUGACGUGGCAACUCAAUUAUUUUACAGCUAGUGUCGCUUAGUACAGUAAUUUGUUCAUUAUUAGAGCAGUAGAGAGGGCCGUGUGUAACUGAUUUUUGGGGCAGACGCUGGCUGUACAUGUAUGUACAUGAUGUAUAUAGGAAUCAAAACUGUUGAAUUUUUGUGCAGAAAUAAAUAAAGGGUUUUGUACAUAACUA